UGCCUAAUUCUAUAGGACCUAAUUCUAAUAUGCCAAAUUCUAGUAGUGCACCCAAUAUGGCAGACUCUAAUUCUACCCACAAUUCUCUGCCUCCCUUGCAGGAGGGUAGUAAUUCUCAAUCAAAUGGCCCGCCAUUAAAUUCGUUUGGAUCCCCUUCAUCUGUGUCGUCAACCAAUGAAAAAAUGCCUUCACAACAAAACAUCCCUCCAUCUAAAAAGCAAAGUAUGCAACGAGACUCCAAUUUUUCAUCUGGCUCAAAUGACAAUGUGACAUCAUCAUCAGAAAUGACUGCUAAUGUCGGGAAUGAUAAUAGUGUUCCACCACCCCAGUCUAGUUCUAUGGACUCUAAAGAACCACGGUCAGGGACCCCGCCUAGUCAGGGUCUACCCCCAGAGAGUCUGGGGGCGGACAGCAACAUGUCAUCACUGACAGACACUUCAUCUCAAGGGGGAGACACACAGUGUAAUGAUCAAAAAGAAAUGGAUAUGCCUAGCAUACCUGACCAGACGAACUUGCCAUCUAAUGCAAUGAAACAGGAAUUGCCCAUCACAACUACAGCAACUACAAACCCCAUUGAUAAGAAUAUAGUGACCCAGGUGAACACUUGUCCGGUGAUGAGUACGACGGAGGUUUCCAGUGACGGGCACGGUCACAUUCCGACAAACCUCCCCCCUCAGCAGCCACCCCCACCCAACCCAAUGCCUCCCCUGGAGGAAGCGGUUCCCGACAAGAAGAAGAAGAAGGGAGGCGAUGUGAACAAACUUUAUGAGAUGGGCAGUGAGCCGGAGCGUCGUUACUUCCUGAACCGGCUGCUGAGCUUUCUGGAGGAGAGGAGUGCGCCGCUUAACAACAUGCCCUCCAUCAGCAAGCAGCCCCUAGACCUGUACCGCCUGUAUCUGCAUGUACAGGAGAGGGGAGGGAUGCUUGAGGUGACCAAAGCCAAGAAGUGGAAGGAAAUCUGUGGUCUGAUCAACAUUGGUAGCUCAGCGAGUGCUGCCUUUACACUCAAGAAAAACUACAUCAAAUACCUCUUUCACUACGAGUGCCAGUUUGAGCGCGGCGGAAUGGACCCCGGACCCAUCCUAGCCAAUAUGGAGGCUCAGCUAGCUCAGAAACGCGAGUCCAAAAGAAACCGCGCACCCUCUCCGGGUAAGAAGGAAAAAGCUGGAUCUCAAGGUUCCCAAGAUGCAUUUCGACCACCAAGUAAUUCCAAUGCCAAUCAGGGUAUGGAGGGAUUCCCUGGCAACAUACCCAACCAGGGUUACGACCCCAACAUGGGGCCAAUGGGAAUGCCUGGCAUGAUGCCACAGGGACAAAUGAUGAACAACAUGAUGCCACCCAGCUCUAUGGGUGGAAUGGGUCACAAUCAAAUGAUGCACCCAGGGAUGAUGGGCAAUAACUACAACAUGAGACCAGGCAUGAUGAAUCCCAACAUGAUGCCACACAAUAACAUGAUGGGGAUGCCCCAAGGUGGGAACAUGGCCAUGUCACAAAACAACAUGGGCAUGCCAGGCAGCAAUAUGGGCAUGCAGACAGGUGGAAUGAGGAUGUCGCAUGGAAACAACAUGGGCAUGCCCAAUACUACUAUGGGUCCGGGCAUGCCCAAUACUACUAUGGGUGCAGGCAUGCAUUCGGGAAACAACAUGGGAAUGCCUCCACAAAACAAUAUGGGCAUGGGGCAUGGCAACUCCAUGGGAAUGCCACCACAGAAUAGCAUGGGUAUGCCACCGCAAAAUAACAUGAACAUGACUCCUGGAAAUAACAUGGGAAUGCCACCCUCUGGAAAUCACAUGCCUAUGCCACCAUCAAGGGGAAACAUGCCACCCUCAACAACAAAUCAAGUGGUACCACCGGUGAAUGGGGACAGUAUUAGCUGCCAGGACCCAUUUGCAGAUGACAUGAAUAACAGUGGUUACAUGAAUUCCGGACAGCCAAAUUCACAGGGAUCUAACUUCCCUGGAAUGCCACCGCACAGUAAUGCUGGUAGCUUCAAUAAUAACAGCACCACCUUCAACAAGCCAAAUAUGCCACCAAAUACUAUGGCUCAAAAUGUCCCCUCAAGUAGCAUGGGCCAAACCUCAACUCAAAUGAACAGUAGCAUACCAACUCAAAAUAGCAUGGGACCUAAUAUGAUGCCAAGCAGUAUGGGACCCAAUGCUCCCCCUACGAGCAUGAGUCCAAUGAUGUCUGGUUCAGGAGCAGCUCCGGUCCCACCCAGUAGUAUGGGACAACCUAUGCCUCCCAGCAGCAUGACACAGCCCAUGCCUCCCAGCAGCAUGUCACAGCCCAUGCCUCCUAGCAGCAUGUCACAGCCCAUGCCUCCUAGUAGUUCAGGGCAGCCACUGCCCCCCAGUAGCAUGGGAACCUCAGGACCACCCAGUAGUACAGGGCCAAGCAUGCCCCUGAACAACAUGGGUCAACAGGUGCCCCAAAACAGCAUGGGCCAGCCAAUGCCUCCAAAUACUAUGGGUCAACCUUCUCAAGUCAGCAGUAUGGAUCAGUCGAUGACAACCACAAGUGUUCCCCAGAAGAGUGUGUCACCCAGUGUCGUGAAUCAGAACUUGUCUCAAAAUCUUCCGUCAAACAUGCCCCAUAGUAUGCCACCCAGUUCACAGACGUUCAAUAACAUGAAUCAGUGUGGCCCCCCUAGCAGCAUGGGCCAAAACAUGCCUCCCAUUUCUUCUUCACAAAACAUGCCCAACUUUCAGUCGAAUGUAGAGAACUCUGUGUCAAAUUUUUCACAGGAUUCUUCGAUACCAUUCUCUAAUUAUCAUGGGAAUAAUUCUCAGGACGGUGACCAUUCCCAGGGAUCUGCUUCCAAUAUGAGCACACCUUCCUUGUCAUCAGGCAGAAAUUUUCCCUUUGGUGAAAAUCAUUUUAGUAAACCUGAAAGGUUUGAUUCUCCAAAUCCAGUGCAAUCAGUCACCCCCACACCAACUCCCCCUCCCCAGCGUCAACCCACCCCUCAGUCCUCCACUCCAUUACAACCACAGGCUCCAGCUCCCCAGGAUUCAACUUUUCCACCAAACAGAUACGGAAAUCAGCCCCCUGCCAUGAUGCCUCAGGGCCACAUGGGUGGUCCUCCGCAUGACCCAUACGGUCACCAGAACUUCCCUCCGCAUCAACAGGGGUAUUCCACUCCCAAUAAAAUGAUGGGAGGGGGACCCACACCCGAUCAGUAUGGAGGAUAUCCCCCUCAGUAUCAGAACUUCCCAAACCAGAGACCGCCCAUGAUGAACGACAUGAAUCGUGGCAUGUACAACACGCCCAAUAAGAGGUUUCCAGACCAGUACCCCAAUCAAGCUGGCUAUAACUCGCAGUCAGGCUACGGCUCCCAGCCUAAUAGUACCCAGUCCUAUAGUUCCUCAGGGAUGAUGGGUUAUAAUCCCCCGCCAUCAUCGUACGCGGAUGGGUCCCAUCAAACUUCUUAUAUGGGUUAUAAUAACAACCAGCCUACAUCGUAUGGAGAUGUGCCCCAUGCAUCUUAUCACAGGGACAGUAUGGGCUUUGAUUCACAGGAUUCAAGACCCAAUAACCAGUGGUCACAGAUGCCCAGAUAUGGCCACGGAGGCCACGGUAUGGGAAUGAGCCCCGCCCCUAACUUACCUCCCCACAUGGCAUCAAGUCCCUAUCAGAGGGGCCACCGGAUGUCCCCCACACCCAUGCAUAAGACAGGAUCUUACGCAUCACCCCCUAAAAUGAUGCAGAAGAUUCACCCCAAUCAAAUUCCAAAAAAGGAAAUUCCGUUUCCUCCGGACAGCGUGGAGGCGACCACACCCAACUACUUCAAGAGACGGCGACUGACUCGCGCAGAUGUUGGUCCUAUAGAAGCCUGGCGGGUGAUGAUGGGACUCAAGUCUGGCCUGUUGGCUGAGAGCACAUGGGCUCUAGACACUCUCAACAUUCUUCUUUACGACGAUGCCACGGUGCAGUACUUUAACCUAGCCCACCUCCCCGGGCUCUUGGAAGCUUUGUUGGAACACUAUAGGAAAUCUCUGAUCUCAAUCUUUGGUGAUAUGUUCGAAGAAAUGGAGAAAAUGUCGGACGAAGCGGACGAGAUUCCCAGCAAGAACAUGCUGAACGUUAACAUGGAAGAUAAAGUGGCAAUAACUGAGGAGGAGUUCACAAAUUAUACCUAUGUGUCGCGGAAAGGUGUGGAAGUCAAAAUGGAGGAUAAUGAAGGCAAAGGAUGUAGUCCACUGGACAAAAAGGAAUGGGACGUUUACUCGGGUUACAGCUACAAGUACGGGCAUUGGCAGUUAGGCGGAGGGGAUCUAAGUGCUCACAUUGUGCCAUGUUUCGGAAAUUCGAACGAAGGAAGUGUGUACAGGAGGCUGUUUUUUAGGCCUCCGAAGGAGGAAGUAACAAUAUCCGAGGAGAAAAGUUCUGAAGAAACUGAAAACAAUGAAAAAUCUCAAGACCUGAAGUCAGAAGAGACCGUACAAGAACUUAAUGAUUCAGUCGAGAUGAAAGAAGAAGAACCCGUUAAAAAUCACGUCAUAAACAAAGUGAAGAUCAAAGAAGAACCAGUGGAAGAGGAGGAAAAACAGAAAGAUAUCAAGGACGAAAAUUGUGAGGAUGAUAAAAACAAAGAAAUCAAUGGUUGUGAUAACAGUGUGGAAGAAAUAGCCGACAUCAAGUUGGAAAAUGUUAAGACAGAGAGCAAUUCUGAUAACAGUUUGAUCAAACAGGAAAAUGACUCUGAACUAAGUGUUCUGGAAAAAGCUGGCUCCAAGCGCAAACUUGAGGUGGAAAUGGAGGAUGAGGCUUACCAAAAAGACGAACCUCCUCUUCGUCUCGUUACCGACAUGCAGGAAGAGCUGGGAAGGCGAUGUGUAUGUAUCUCCAACAUUUUCAGAAGUUUAUCCUCUAUUCCGUCAAACCAUUUAGAACUGUCCAAACAUCCGGGACUAAUGUAUACGUUAGGGAAAUUACUUAUGUUAAAUCACCGACACCUACCUCGAAAUACCACACGUAGAAAGUUCGAUCGGGACGACAGUGAGCUCGAAGAUAUUUCCGACGGUCAUCUCACUCAGUGCGACGAGGAAUGGUGGUGGGAAUACUUUUCCAUGCUGCGGGAAAACACGCUUGUGAUAUUCGCAAAUAUUUGUGGACAUUUGGAACUGAAGUACUAUCCGGAAGAAAUUUGUAUGCCCAUUUUGGAUGGCUUAUUACACUGGGCCGUCUGUCCGUCUUCGUGUGCCACUGACCCUCUGCCAUCUACGACUACAUCCGUCCUAUCUCCCCAGCGAUUAGUUCUGGAGGCACUCAGCAAGUUGUGCAUUCAUGAAACAAAUGUCGACCUUCUUUUGGCAACGCCUCCGUUUGAUCGCAUUGUGCAGUUGUUUAGCAUACUGACCAAAUUGUUAGCGAACAAGAGUGAACCUGUGACCCUCGAGUUUGCUCUCGUUCUCCUGUCUUCAUUAGUGCAAGGGGACACUAGCUGUGCACGAGCAGUGGCAAUGCAGCAUCCCUCAAUCUCGUUACUAUUAGACUUUCUGGAAACAGCCGAACACAAAGCCAUGACUGUGGCCAACCAUCACGGUAUCAAUGCGCUGCGGGACAACCCCGAGAUCAUGGGAACAAGCCUGGACAUGCUACGUCGAGCAGCAAACAUCCUUCACAACCUGGCACUGGUGCCAGAAAACCGCUCGUUGUUCACUCAGCAUCAGCAAAGACUGCUUUCUCUUGUCAUGUCUCAAAUCCUCGAUCAGUUUGUGGCACAAAUCUUGUCUGAUGUCCUCUAUCUGUGCUUUCAAGGUGAAUUGCCUAAUAGCUAGUAUAUGUUUGUUAUCCAAAUUAGAAAUUAUGAAGUUAUAUGACAGUAAGAUUUAAGGUUAUGCCUUUUUCCCCCAUUCAUACUCAUUGUAAAUUCAUCAUUGAACAUUUUUUUCCAUUCCUAUAGAUUUUUUUUUCUUUGAAGUGUAUUAUAGUGUAAUAUAUGGAAAAAGUUUUCAAUGAAAUUCUGUGUUUUCAAAACAAAUGAAGUACUGCCCAAACUUGAUUGUUCAAGAUUUCAUUUUCAACACAAAUUGCAUUUCUUCAUCAUCAUUGAAACAAUGUGAUAAAAAAAUGAGAGAUUUUGAAUGUUGUUUCUUCAUUUUAUUUUUGUAUUGUUCAUUUUUAAGUGCAACUGGAAUUGUGGGUGUUAGAAACAGUUAAUUCCACAUGUUGUGAAAAGUGUAUGAGUUUGUUGUAGUUUGCAAAAAAUCGUGUUUAAAUCCAAACAUGAUUCAAGACAAAUGACUUAUGUUUAUGAAUUCAUUAUUUAUCUCUGUAAUGAUUUAAACGCAUUUCAGAAAAAAGGCACUUUAUUUAAGCUGGUUUAAAUGAGUUGCAAUGUAAAUACCACAACUAUGUCAUUUGUUUGUAGUUUGUAAUCAUCUGUAUCAUUUUGUGCAGAAGCUUUAUACUGUACGUCAAAAGAUCCAAAUAAAUGUAAAUAUUUUAAGUAUA